GAGGCAGAGGCCUUGGCCAACUCUCUUAGGAGAUGAAGGCCAGCCUGGUCUACAGAAGCAGUUCUAGGACAGCCAUGGCUACACAAAGAAACCCUGCCUUGCAAAACAAACAAAUCAACAAGAACAACAGUGGCCGGGCGGUGGUGGCGCACGCCUUUAAUCCCAGCACUUGGGAGGCAGAGGCAGGCGGAUUUCUGAGUCCGAGGCCAGCCUGGUCUACAAAGUGAGUUCCAGGACAGCCAGGACUAUACAGAGAAACGCUGUCUCGAAAAAACCAAACCUAAACAAAACAAAACCAAAACAACAACAACAAAAAACAAAACAAAACAAAACCAAGAACAACAGCAACAAAAGUUAAGUAAAAGCAAGAAUUUGUGCUUAAUAAAGAUUCCCAACUGUCCAUAAGUGGGGAGUGCGGAGAAACAAUCUCUGAAUGUUUUCCAUCUGAGAUUCACACAAGUAUUUCAAUCUUUUGUGAAAAAGCUGGUAUUAUUACUUUUAUGGGAGAGGGGUUGAGGCUACUUGUUUAUUCACAUUUAGCUGAUGGCCAGGUCUCACUUCCUAGCUCAAUUUGGCUUCCAACUAAAAGCAAUCCUCUUGCCUUGCCUGGGUCUGUUUGCUUAUUGCAGGCAUGGGUCUGCACCCAAUUUGCCUUUUUUAUAUUUACUUCUUCCUAUUAUGAAGCUGAAUGCAAAAAUAAAUUCUUGUAUAAAAAAGUUCCUGGGCUGGAGAGAUGGCUCAGCAGUUAAGAGCACCAAUUGCUUUUCUGAAGGUCCUGAGUUCAAAUCCCAGCAACCACAUUGUGGCUCACAACCAUCCGUAAUGAGAUCUGAUGCCCUCUUCUGGUGUGUCUAAAGACAGCUACAGUGUACUCACAUAUACAUAAAUAAAUAAAUCUUAAAAAAAAAAAAAAAAGUUCCCGAGGCGGGGACAUCAAGAGAGUCCAAAGUGAACAAGAUCCAGAAUCAGGACAUGUGAGGAGGAGGAGAAGGAGAAGGAGAGAGAGGCGAGCCAGGAGAGUAAAGGACCCAGUAACCAAAUCGGCUGGAUUAUAAAGGGAAGGGCAGCCCAAGCCCUGAGCUGGAGAAGUUUAAGGUAUGAAAAGCCUUUAAGCUUUUUAGGCUUAAAACCAUCCUGUAACCAUCUUGCCAUCUCCAAAUUUAAAAUAUUUAGAACCAACAUACAGGGCUGGAAGAGGAGCUGCUACCGCAAUAAUGGGGAGGUAAAGGCAACAGGCUCAGAAGUUUAAGGCCACCCUUGAAAUAAGAGAUCCUGUCUCAAAAUCAAGACAAAAAUUUUUUUAAAAAGCAGCCAUGCAGCACCGCUACAAAAGUAGAGAACUUUAAACUACUCAAAAAGGUUAAAACCUGCUUCGUUAGCCACCUGCGAAAAGAAACGAAAGAACUUUCCGGAACUUUUUUCUGAGUCCCAGAGGGGAACUACCAGAAGAAAUAAACUUCCGGUGUGCCACUUCCGGCCGAGGCCUCACAGUCGGUGGCGCCCUGGCAGACCGGAAGUCUGUCACCUUUCCCGGUCCGCCUACUUCCGGAAGUGACGCGCAGCGGGGUUGCCGGAAGAAGUGGCGAAGUUACUUUUGCUUUUCGCUCAGCAAGCGCUGUUGCUUCGAGCUACUCCCAGGCUUCUGAAGUUACUUCCAAAGUGCUGUGGAGGCACAAUCACCGGUGCGGACACAGAGCUCUCGCCUCCCACGGCCGUUUCCAGGGCAACAGAGUCGGAGACCCCCUGCGACCCCCCUCCCGAUCGCCGGUGCAGUCAUGAGCCCCGCCUCCCCCUGGUGCACGGAGAGGGGCGGGGCCUGGAACAAGCAGGCUGCUUCGUGACCCACUAUGUCUUCCCCCACAAGUUCUCUGGACACUCCCGUGCCUGGGAAUGGUUCUCCUCAGCCCAGUACCUCCGCCACGUCACCCACUAUUAAGGAAGAGGGGCAGGAGACUGAUCCUCCUCCAGGCUCUGAAGGGUCCAGCUCUGCCUACAUCGUGGCCCCGUCCUCUCACCCUCGCUUCGGGACCUCCCAUGGCCCGUUCCCCGGCUGCUGUUUCUCUUUGUCGCUAUCUCUCAUGGCAUCUGCUCACCCCAAGUCAUCUUAGAGCCAGAGGAUGAGCCUGAGCGCAAGCGGAAGAAGGGGCCGGCCCCGAAGAUGCUGGGCCAUGAGCUGUGCCGCGUGUGCGGAGACAAGGCUUCGGGCUUCCACUACAACGUGCUCAGCUGUGAAGGCUGCAAAGGCUUCUUCCGGCGCAGUGUGGUCCACGGUGGGGCCGGGCGCUAUGCCUGUCGGGGCAGCGGAACCUGCCAGAUGGAUGCCUUCAUGCGGCGCAAGUGCCAGCUCUGCCGGCUGCGCAAGUGCAAGGAGGCUGGCAUGCGGGAGCAGUGCGUGCUCUCUGAGGAGCAGAUUCGGAAGAAAAGGAUUCAGAAGCAGCAACAGCAGCAGCCACCACCCCCAUCUGAGCCAGCAGCCAGCAGCUCAGGCCGGCCAGCGGCCUCCCCUGGCACUUCGGAAGCAAGCAGCCAGGGCUCCGGGGAAGGAGAGGGCAUCCAGCUGACCGCGGCUCAGGAGCUGAUGAUCCAGCAGUUAGUUGCCGCGCAGCUGCAGUGCAACAAACGAUCUUUCUCCGACCAGCCCAAAGUCACGCCCUGGCCCCUGGGUGCAGACCCUCAGUCCCGAGAUGCCCGUCAGCAACGCUUUGCCCACUUCACCGAGCUAGCCAUCAUCUCGGUCCAGGAGAUUGUGGACUUUGCCAAGCAGGUGCCAGGGUUCUUGCAGUUGGGCCGGGAGGACCAGAUCGCCCUCCUGAAGGCGUCCACCAUUGAGAUCAUGUUGCUAGAAACAGCCAGACGCUACAACCACGAGACAGAAUGCAUCACGUUCCUGAAGGACUUCACCUACAGCAAGGACGACUUCCACCGUGCAGGCUUGCAGGUGGAAUUCAUCAAUCCCAUCUUCGAGUUCUCGCGGGCCAUGCGGCGGCUGGGCCUGGACGAUGCAGAGUAUGCCUUGCUUAUCGCCAUCAACAUCUUCUCAGCCGAUCGGCCUAAUGUGCAGGAGCCCAGCCGUGUGGAGGCCCUGCAGCAGCCCUACGUGGAGGCGCUCCUCUCCUACACGAGGAUCAAGCGCCCACAGGACCAGCUCCGCUUCCCACGCAUGCUCAUGAAGCUGGUGAGCCUGCGCACCCUCAGCUCCGUGCACUCGGAGCAGGUCUUUGCAUUGCGACUCCAGGACAAGAAGCUGCCGCCCUUGCUGUCCGAGAUCUGGGAUGUGCACGAGUAGGGGCAGCCACAAGUGCCCCAGCCUUGGUGGUGUCUUCUUGAAGAUGGACUCUUCACCUCUCCUCCUGGGGUGGGAGGACAUUGUCACGGCCCAGUCCCUCGGGCUCAGCCUCAAACUCAGCGGCAGUUGGCACUAGAAGGCCCCACCCCACCCAUUGAGUCUUCCAAGAGUGGUGAGGGUCACAGGUCCUAGCCUCUGACCGUUCCCAGCUGCCCUCCCACCCACGCUUACACCUCAGCCUACCACACCAUGCACCUUGAGUGGAGAGAGGUUAGGGCAGGUGGCCCCCCACAGUUGGGAGACCACAGGCCCUCUCUUCUGCCCCUUUUAUUUAAUAAAAAAACAAAAAUAAAGUUUGAGUACAAGCCA